AUGUCCGCGUCCGCCGCGCCGUGCCCCGCGCGCGUGCCGCUCGCGCGCCGCGCAUCGCGGGCGAGCGCGUCCCCGACCCGCGCCGUCGCCCGCCGAAGGGUCGACCGCGCCAUCCGCCCCAUCAUCCUCCAACCGUCGGGACGCAACCCGGCGACCGGCGCCUCGACCGACGCGCAGUCUCCGUCCACGCACGACGGCGACGAAGACCCGCCCCCGGCUCGAGUCGCCACCCCCGCGGACUUCUUCGACGUCCGCGCCGCGACGGACACGGACGCCGCCGACGUCAUCGCGUGCGCGCGCGCGGCGGGCGUCGAGUGGAGCGACGCGCAGAUCGCGGAGGAGAUUCACAAGGGCAACUUCGUGCUGGCGACGCGCAAGGGACGGGGUGGAACAAGCGAACCCCCGUCGCCGCUCGUCGUGGGCGUGUGCUGCGCGUGGGUCGUCGCGGGGGAGGUUCAGAUCCUCGAGGUGGCGACGCAUCCCUCCGCCAGGCGCGAGGGCGUCGGCGGGCUCGUCGUCCGCGCGGCGUGCGAUCGGUGCACGGGGGGCGACGCUUUCUUGGAAGUUCGCGCGUCAAACGCCGCGGCGUUGGGUCUGUACGCAAAGCUCGGGUUUAAAGAGGAGGGAAGAAGGCGAGGGUACUACAACGACGGUGAGGACGCGGUGUUGAUGCGUUUGACGCCCCGGGCGGUGUCCGCGCGGGAACUCACGCGUUUAAUGGCUGGGCUCACGAGGGAAGAGGCGCGACGGCCCGCGCCAAAGACGCGCGAGGAGAAGCAGCGGGGGGAGACGAUGCACCCGCAGGAUUACCCGCGAGACAGGCCCGCGUUCAGGAGGGACGGGGGGGGCGGGGCUGGCGGCGGCGGCGGCGGCGGGGGAGUGGGGGGAGUUGGGGGAGGGGGCGGGGGGUUCAAGAUGAGGAAUCGCAUACGGGGCCGCGGCGGGUAG